CGCCUCAACUUACAGAACUGGCUUCUUGGGCUCCGGGAGUGUUUCCCAUUUAAACAAACAGUGCCGAAGAUGGCGGAGAGUUAAUGGUGUAAAGAAGAAUUUAUCGACCCGGCGGAGAGACACGUUCGUAAGGUCCUCAGGGUGAGCCUGACGUCCCUCUUCCCAGCCAACUCAGACGGUGGGAUCCAGAGGAAGAGUUAAUAAUCACUCCAUCUGGUCCCGGAUCUCCAACCAACUGGAGGACCCUGGAAAAUCCCCAAAAACUCCAGUGACCAGCUCCACGUCAGACCACACCCCCCUGCAGUAAGGGAGGCAUCUGAUCGUCCAUCAUCUCCGCACCGACACAAGGUGCUGAUGUGUGUGCACGAUGAGUGGAUUGGGGGAGAACUCCAUGGAACCGCUUUGCUCCGAGAACCGGAAACGAAAACUCUCCACGUGCGAGACGCCGGGUCUCGGGUGCGAGAGGAAGCGGCGGGAACAGGAAAGUAAAUACAUCGAGGAGUUGGCAGAGCUGAUUUCCGCCAACCUCAGCGACAUCGACAGCUUCAAUGUCAAACCAGACAAAUGUGCCAUCCUGAAAGAGACGGUGCGCCAGAUCCGGCAGAUCAAAGAGCAGGGAAAGUCAUCGUCCAAUGAUGACGACGUCCAGAAGUCAGACGUAUCCUCAACAGGUCAGGGGGUCAUCGACAAGGACCAUCUUGGGCCACUUCUGCUGCAAGCCCUGGAUGGCUUCCUCUUUGUGGUGAACCGUGAAGGCAACAUCGUGUUUGUGUCUGACAACGUGACGCAGUACCUGCAGUACAAACAGGAGGAGCUCAUCAACACCAGUGUCUACACGAUCCUCCAUGAGGAAGACCGCGAGGAGUUCCACAAGAGCCUGCCCAAGUCCAACAUUAAUGGAGUGUCGUGGGGGAACGAACAGACCAGACAGAAGAGUCACACCUUCACCUGCCGGAUGCUGGUCAAGUUUGGCCACGGCACCAUGGAGGAGGCUCCUGGGGGACCACGCUACGAGACCAUGCAAUGCUUUGCUCUUACUCAACCCAAGGCCAUGAUCGAGGAGGGAGACGAUCUGCAGUCAUGUAUGAUCUGUGUGGCCCGGCGUGUCACUGCCAUCGAGAGGACUGAGAGUUUCAACACUCGGCAUGAGCUCACAGGUAAACUGAUCCAAAUCGAUCAGAACUCUCUGCGAGCAUCGAUGCGCCCGGGCUGGGAGGAUUUGUUGCGGCGCUGCAUUCAGAUGUUUCUUCAGCACAGUGACGGACAGCCGUGGUCACACAAGCGGCACUACCACGAAGCCUUCCUCCACGGUCACGCCGAAACCCCUCUCUACCGUUUCUCUCUAUCUGAUGGUACUCCAGUCACGGCCCAGACGAAGAGCAAACUGUACCGUCAUCCGAUGAGCAACGAGCCACAAGGCUUCAUCUCCACUCACUUACUUCAGAGGGAGCCAAACGGCUACCGCUCCUCUCAGGGAGGCAGCAUGAUGUCAAACACCAUGAGACAGCAGAGCAUGGGUAGCCAGAACCCCAACAACCAAGUCAACAUGAAUCCCGGUGGGGGGAUGGGCAUGGGCAACAUGAACAGGGGCUUUGGGAUGAACGAGCAGGCUCACAUGGGUCAAAUGGGGGGCAACUCCAUGUAUGGAGGGAGCAGCGGUGGGGGAGGUAUGGGCAGCCGCAUGAUGCAGAUGAAUCAGAUGGGUCAGAUGAAUCAGGUGGGACACAUGAACCAGAUGGGCCCCUUGAGUCACCCAGGGCAAGGGAUGCAGCAUCCGCAGCAGCCCCCAUUCCAGAGCAGUGGAGGGUUCGGGCUGGGCGGACUGAACAGCCCAUCGGGAAGCCCGAGAAUGGGCGGUCCCCAGUCUGGCCUUCUGAUGUCCCCCAGAAACAGAGGGAGCCCAAAGAUGGGGGCCAACCAGUUCUCUCCAGGAGGCAUGCACUCUCCUUUAAGUGGGCUUGGAAGUGGGGGAAGCACCACCACCUACUCCAGCAGCUCCCUAAAUGCUCUACAAGCCAUCAGUGAAGGAGUGGGGAACUCUCUCCCCUCCACUCUGGCGUCGCCUCCACCUCCAAACAAACCUGACAGCUCGCCCAGUGUGCACUCAUCCUCCUCUCAGCCGGGGCAGCCAGCUAAACCAUGUACUGAUGGAAGCAAGAGUCCAGCUUUGGGUCCUGGUGACCAUCACAGCCAUCAUCAGCAGCAGCAGCAGUCGACGGAUGAGGUGCUGGGAGAGCGGCCAGACAGCCAGGGAGGCAGCAAAGAGGCUGCUGAGGGAAGCGGCGAGGCAGGCGUGGGGAGCUCCGAGCCUGCACGGAGGCUGCCGGACAGCAAGGGACACAAGAAGCUGCUGCAGUUGUUAACAUCCCCAACUGAGGAGCUGGGAAUCAGCGGGAGUGGGCCAGCAGGACCUUCGGUUCCACUGCCUGCUGCAGGCACCACCCCCCCUGCUUCCUCAGAGACCAAGGACUCUGCUGGUGGAGUGACGAGUCCUUCAUCCACAGGAGUGUCCUCCUCCUCGACCAGCACAAACCAGACAAGUGGGCAUGGGGGAGUCUCAGCCGCAUUGUCUUCCGCCCAUUACACCGGCUCAUUGCAGGAGAAGCAUAAGAUCCUCCAUAAGCUUCUUCAAAAUGGCAACACACCAGACGAGGUGGCUAAAAUUACAGCAGAGGCCACGGGAAAAGUGACGCUGGGCGGACAGGAGGGCGGCGAGGGCACAGGGGGUUCAGGAGCUGGAAGUGGACCCGGGCUGAUGAUGGAGCCCAAACAGGAGCAACACAGCCCCAAGAAAGAGAAGACUCACGCCCUUCUUCACUACCUCCUCAACAAGGAUGAUUCCAAAGAGCCGGUGGAUGUCAAACCCAAGAUCGAAGAGCUGGAAGGGAAGACAGGCCCACCACGAGGGGGUGCAGGGUCAGGACUGGGGCAUGGACUUGAUCACACUGACAGCAAGAUUAAGUCAGAACCUCCGGAUGAUUUGCACAACCUGGAGUCCAUCCUUGGAGACCUGAGAGGAUCCAACUCGGACUUCUACUCAGAUCAGGCUGGAAGCGGGGGGCCGAGUGAAGCGGGAGGCAAAGCCCAGGGUUGCCUUGACGACAGCUUGCAAGGUGCAGCAGGCCUGGGCCCAGGAUCUCGGGCAUCCUUCCAAAGGACUUUGUCCAUGGAUGGGAAGCCUGCUGCUGGUCCUGGGGGUGGCGGGAGACGACCCAUGCUCAUCAAGCAGGAGAACAUGAUGGGAAGUCCAGAAGGUUUCCCAGGAAAUAUGGGACCGGUGAAUCGGGCAAUGGUUUCCAAUAGAUCCCCAAUGGGUGGUUCUGGAGACUGGACUAUGUCCCGGUCCAGUGCUAGCCCAGUGGGAUCAGGAGGACACCCCUCUAUGAUGCGACCAGGGAUGGAGUACAACGGUGGAAAGGGAAUGAUGCCAGGAGCAAUGGUCAGCCGCUCCAACACCGUUCCUGGGUCUCGGUCCAUGCUGCAGCAGCAGCUGAUGGAUAUGGGUGGGUCAGGUGACAUGGGUUUGAGUCCAUUCAGCCAACAGCCCAACCAGUCUCCGUCCUGGCCAGACAGCAUGAUGGGAAUGGAGGGCAACAGACGACAGUUCGGCAGCACCCUGGAUGACCUUCUUGUGCCACCAACCACCAGCGAGGGUCAGAGUGACGAGCGGGCGCUUCUGGACCAGCUGGACUCUCUGCUGAACAACACAGAUGGCAUUGCACUGGAAGAGAUAGACCGAGCGUUGGGGAUCCCAGACCUUGUCAGCCAGACGCAUGGAUCAGAGCAGCCGAUGGAGCCCUUCCCAGGGCAGGACCCGUCUAUGGUACUGGAUCAGAAGCCCCUCUAUGGACAAGGCUACCCAGGACCCCCCACCAUGCCAAUGCAGUCUGGUUACGGAGGGAACCACAUGCAGGGUCAACCCCAGCAGGGAGGAUUUGGACCUAUUCUGUCUCAGAUGGGCCAAGGCGGCAGCUUCCCUGGUAUGGGUGGGAUGGGGGGCAUGGGUCACCCCCGGGCCAACAUGAUGAGACCCAGAAUGAUGAGCGCCAACAAGCCCAUGAGACUUCAGCUGCAGCAGAGGCUCCAAGGACAACAGUUCAUGAAUCAGACGCGGCAGGGGAUGGGCAUGAAGAUGGAGAUGCCAGGCAACAACAAUGGCAUGAGGUCAACCAUGCAGCCCAGCAUGCCAGGACAGCCGGGCUUCCUCAACACUCAGAUGAUUUCUCAGCGCAGCAGGGAGAUGGUCACUAUGCAGAUGAGGAGGCAGCGCAUGAUGAUGCUGAUGCAGCAGCAGCAGCAGGCGGCCGCUGCCGCCGCGGCCGGUGGCUUCAGCCCGCCUCCGAACGUGACAGCUCCUGGUGGCAUGGAUGGCCCAAUGGGUGGGCCGAAUAUGGGUCAGCCCGGUGCCCAGCAGUUUGGCUAUGGUGGAAGCUACGGAAUGAGUCAGCAAGGGGACCCCUCCUUUGGCCCUUCAGGGAACAGUCCACAAACUGGCAUGAUGCCAGGUCGCCUGGGACCUCAAAACCCCAUGAUGCAACAGCACCCACAGGGUGGUCCAAUGUAUCAGGGUGCCGAUAUGAAAGGGUGGUCACAAGGAGGAAUGGGACGCAGCAGUUCCUAUCCUCAGCCGCAGUUCGGUCAGCAAGGCCCACCUGGGCAACAGCAGUUCGGGCAACAAGGGAAUCCUGGCCAGUAUGGUGGCAUGAUGAUGAACGGGGGCAUGCCAACCAACGGAGGAGGUGGAGGCCACAUGAGUCAGAUGGGGGGUCAGAUGGGCAUGAAUCCAAUGGUGAUGGGCCGGAUGCAGAUGGGGCCUGACCAGGUGAGUGCAGAUGUUUCUCUGCUCUUCUCUUCCUGCAAUGAAAAGCAAACAUUUAAAAUGUGUUCUCUCACCUCUUUAGAAAUAUUGCUGAACAAAGUAAGGACUUGCUUGUAG